UGAAACUCCGCUUUUACGUCAUACUUGGACCACGUGUAGGCAGAGCGUGUACAGUUCACCUAUUCAUACUGUAUAUUUUAAUAGUAAUUAGACUUAUUUAUCUGUCUGUAACUCUAUUUCGGUGUAUAUUUGAUUUUGUGAGAUUUCUCUGAAAAUAUAUUUUCAAAAUGAGACCUUGUAACGGAACGUCUGGUAACAGUGGCCUUGCAGCUGCUAUUAUUUUCUUGCUGGGCAUGGGAACUCUACUUCCCUGGAAUUUCUUCAUAACUGCCAUGCAAUAUUUCACUGACCGUUUGAAUAACAUGAAAGGCACAAAUGGGACUGAGCAGGAAGAUAAAGACCCCUACAUGUUUGGCAACCUGAGUGUGUUGUUGGCCCAACUUCCCUUGUUAUUGUUCACACUUCUCAAUUCCUUCCUUUACCAGCACAUUGCAGAGAGGGUGAGGAUUGCUGGCAGCAUGAUCAUAAUAUUACUCCUCUUCAUUCUUACGACCUCAAUAGUGAAGAUUGAAAUGACCCCGGACCACUUCUUCUCCGUUACCAUGGCAACAAUCUGGUUUAUUAACAUGUUUGGAGCAGUGUUGCAAGGGAGUUUGUUCGGUCUGGUUGGUAAACAAUCCCCGAAACUUAACUCGCUGUUUAUGAGCGGACAGGCUGUGGCAGGCAUUUUCUCGGGUCUCGCCAUGCUGUUAUCAAAUAUCUUGAAUUCUGACCCGCGCACUUCAGCCCUGGGAUAUUUCAUAACCCCAUGUGUUGCCACACUUCUUACAUUGUGCUGUUACUUCAUAUUGCCGUAUGUGAUUCCUGCACCAGAAAAUGGAUCCACUGAUAAAUCAGAGACAAAGAAUGAGACAAAAAUAUGUGAGAGCGUGACAUUAGUUAAAGUGAAAUUCAAUGAUGACAGUGGAUUAGAUACCAAUGGCAAAGCUGAUUUUACUAAGUCUGAUUCUGAAGCCUGUGAAAAGCUGGAUGAGUUUAAACAGGAAUCCACUGAAGAGAAGUCAACUGUGCCACAAGUCUUCAAACAGAUUCGAGUGAUGGCAUUUUGUGUGACCUGCGUGUUUGCUGUCACAUUGUCAGUUUUCCCAGCAAUUACAGUCAUGACACAACCUACAGGCUUCUUCAAGGGGAAAGAACACAUUUUUGUACCCCUGUGCUCAUUCAUCGUUUUUAAUGUCAUGGACUGGAUUGGCAGAUACAUCCCUUCCCAUAUUCAGUGGCCUUCAAAGAACAGUUAUUUAUUCCCUCUCUUGGUGGUACUACGAGCGAUUUUCAUUCCUGCCCUCAUGCUGUGCAACAUUCAGUCUCGCAACCUCCCGGCUGUAUUCAGUCACGAUGCAGCCUAUGUACUCAUCAUGUCAUUGUUUGCCAUGUCAAGUGGAUAUUUUGCCUGCCUCUCCAUGAGCUAUGCUACACAACUGGUAAAGCCGAAAGACGCAGAGACAGCAGGGGCAUUGAUGACCUUCUUCCUGGCAUUGGGACUCUCUCUGGGUGCUGGACUCUCAUUUGGCCUUAAAAUGAUUAUUUAAGGAAAGUCAAAUGAGCCUGCAAUGCUGUAUUUUAUUUUCGCUUGACAUAAACGUGUUCUGAAUCAGUGCUGUAAAUAGAUUAUGGUCUCAUCCCGUUAAGGAAUAGAAACAAUACUUAUUCAUCCAGUUGUCAUGAAGGUUAACCUUUUUCCAAAUUCGUAUUUAUUUGACUGUAGUUCCUUUUGUAUUUCAAUGGGAUUUUAAAAAGGGAAAUCGCAGAGGAUUUAAAAAAAAAAAAGGUUUUAAUGUUUUUUACUGUUUUACAUUAAGUUUCCCGGACAGAGAUUAGACUAGUCCUAGACUAAAGUAAAUGUAAGAGCUGUCCAAACUGAAAAUAACUUAUAAAAUACAUCAGUGCUCUUUGUUUUGCCUCAAAAUGCACACAAGUAAUGUUUUAAGUAAGACAUGUUUGUUAAAACUAGUUAUAUUUCCUAAUUAUACUAAGGCCCAGUCCUGUCUUAAGCUAAUCCCUGUCUGGGAAACAUCCCCCUAAGUGUCCUUUACAUGAAGUAUUUUUAUACAAGAAGUAAAUUUUUUACCUUUUUAAAAUUGGUGUUAUUUAUUAUUUUUUACGCUUUUUAAUGUUUUUAUUAUUUUUCACGCUUUGUAUUAUAUUUUACGCUUUUUAAUGUUUGUAUUCAUGUUUUUUCUAAGGGUUUUUAAUGGGAUUUUUUAUGUUUGUAUUCAUGUUUUUCUAAGGGGUUUUUUAAGGGAUUUUUUGCUAAAUGGGAUUUUGGCAUGGGAUUCAUGCAGAGUCAAAUGUUUUUUAAUAAAAGUAUUAAUUAAACUAUAACAAAAGGUGGCUGGU